UUUCAAGACAUAUUUACCUGAAUUUUUGGAUGAAAUUAACGACUAACAAUUAACAAGAAGGCUUAAAAUUGGGGGAAAUGUAUUUUAAGUUUUAGGGUAGAAUUAAUAUUUAAGAGAUGAAGUUUGAUCCAUGGUGGCAAUAUGAAAGAAACACUUCUCUUUGAUUAGGAACAAAACUAAUAAUAGUAAAGGUCCAAGAAUGGGGGAAACGAGAGAGUCAGCAAAGGGAGAGAGGCUGUAAUAAGAACCAAAUGUGAAAGGCAAAAAGAAAAAAAAAACCCACAAUCGACGCUCUUUCUCUCAUUAAUAGCCAACCAGUUCUUGUUCUUCUUCUUCUUCUCUGAAACCCACAUUUGGCUAAUUUUCCUUCGCUCUACUAUUCUCUUCUCUCUCCUCUCUCUUCGCUCUCCCAUCUUUCCUUACCCUUAAACUAUUCUCCUCUCCUAUAUUCCUAAUUGUCUCGGAUUCAGGUUAGAACAUUUCCUUUCCCAUCCAAACUAUUCUCCCUAUAUUUUUCUUUUUCAUUUCCCAUAACUUCUUACCUUCAUCAUUACUAUUGUCAAUUUUACAAUGUGACAUGUGUUUCUGAUUGAUGGGUGAAGUUAUUGGAUAAAUUUUUAGGGGUGUUUGGAGGGGAUGUUUUGGGUGUCCUGAGAGCCAAGAUGUAAUCAGAUUACUGGAACUUUAAGGGCGAAGGGAUGCUUGAGGAAUAAGGACGAGAUCGUGAAGUGUCGUGAAGGGUAAAACGGAAAUCGAGACCCUAUUGGUCUGGGUGAUUUGGGAUUGAAGUGAGAAAUUUUGGAUAGGAAAAGGAAAAUAUAAAAAUAUAAAAAUAUAAUAAAAAAAAUUAAGGAAGGAAGAAUGGGGCAACUGUUUUCAUGUCCAUUGGGAGAUUUUGAAGAUUUGGAUUUUGAUGCUGUUCUUGUUAGAUCUAUUAGUUUUCAAGAUGGAGAGAUGAGGAAUCCAUUACGUUCUGUUAGUUUCAAUGGAAGAGAUUCAGAGCCAACGAUAUUAAAAUCCUUCGGUUCUCACCGCAUCAGAUUAGAACGUCCAAUUACCACAAGAACAAGGGAAUUGGAGACCGUCAAUUCAUUCAAAACUCCAUGUGCAGAGAUGGAAAAUAGUGAGUUUGGGAUAUCGGUAGGGUCUAAGAAUUGUGAUCAAUGUAGGCAUGAACAUUUUUCGUCGCCACAUAAGUACUCGACACCGAGAUAUUCAGAACCACGGCACCAACACUAUAGUGCUGCAUUGAGGCUACAGAAAGUGUACAAGAGCUUUAGAACAAGGAGACAGUUGGCAGAUUGUGCUGUUCUUGUGGAACAAAGAUGGUUUGUGUCCAAAUUCGUUUGUACUCUCUUCAAAAUUUUAAACAUGUUCAUGUCAAUCUACCCUUUCAAGAGCAGGAGUGGUAAAGAUUUGGAGUUUUCUUUUCCUAAAUCAUCACUUAAUAGGUGGAAGCUGUUGGAUUUUGCCGAACUCAAGCGAAGUUCAAUAUCAUUCUUUGAUAUUGAAAAACCAGAGACCGCGAUUUCACGGUGGUCAAGGGCUAGAACCAGGGCUGCUAAGGUAGGGAAAGGUUUGUCAAAGGAUGAAAAAGCAAGGAAACUUGCUUUGCAGCAUUGGCUCGAGGCAAUCGAUCCUCGACAUCGGUAUGGCCAUAAUCUUCAAUUUUACUACGUCAAAUGGCUCCACUGUGAUAGCAAACAGCCCUUUUUCUAUUGGCUUGAUAUAGGAGAAGGGAAAGAGGUGAACCUUGAGAGAUGUCCCAGAUAUAAGCUUCACCAACAAUGUAUCAAAUAUCUUGGUCCUAUAGAAAGGAAGGCCUAUGAAGUUGUGGUAGAAAAUGGGAAGUUUUUGUACAGGUAUAGUGGGAAACUUCUUCACACAACAGGAGGACCAAGAGAUGCUAAAUGGAUCUUUGUAUUGAGCACAUCAAAAACUUUGUAUGUUGGGCUGAAGAAAAAGGGCACAUUUCAACAUUCAAGUUUCUUGGCUGGUGGAGCCACUUUAGCUGCUGGUAGAUUGGUGGUGGAAGAUGGUAUUCUAAAGGCAGUUUGGCCUCACAGUGGCCAUUAUCUUCCUACAGAGGAAAAUUUUCUCGAAUUCAUGUCUUUCCUAAUGGAAAACAAUGUGGAUCUAACUGAUGUUGAGAAAAGCCCAUAUGAAGAAGAAGAACGCCUCAGCAAGGACAAAUUCACCAGCCUUCAAGAAGAUUCUGAAGACCAUAUUGGAGAAAUAGAUACAAUAGACACAAUCGACGAGAAUAAUCCAUCAAGUCUUCUCUCUAGUCAUGCAGAGACUCCGAACCAAAGAAUAUCAAGAUUAUCCAGAGGAUUACGCUCAAAGAUAACUAACCUUCAAAUACCAGAAAGAAGCAAUGUGUUUGACAUAUUCAAGAAGGAGACGCUUCCAGCUAGUUGUAGAGUUCUCAUUCCAGAUUCUCCAUCUGACGACGGCUAUGAAACAGCUGAAGAAUUAUUUUUAUCGGAAGAAGAAUUCAUGGUUCCUAAAUCAAACCUAUUUGAUGAAGAUGAAGAAGAAAACGAUGAGCAACCAAUCCCGAAGGAGAAUAUCUUAAGACGAAUUGUAUCACAUAAAGAAAUGAAAUCAUAUCAGUUGGCAAAACAAUUAUCAAGCAGAUGGACAACUGGAGCUGGACCUCGUAUUGGUUGCAUGAGAGAUUACCCUCAAGAGCUUCAGAACAAGGUAUUAGAGCAAGCUCACUUGUCUCCCAGAGGUAGAGUUGUUCAUGCUUCUCAUUCUCGGACCCAGUCUCGAAUUGGCUCCAUGGCUUCAACUCCAUGUUCAUGUAAAGACACAAGCACAGCCAGAAGUCCGCUUGCUUCAAAAUGCCUGGUACUGCCUCAAACUCCAACACCUCCGGCUGAGUGUAAUUAGAAUAUAAAUAACAAACACGUGUAACACACGUAUUUCUCUGCAAUUACUGGAUAGAAAAGAUGAAAUAUACAUAGUUAAUGUGCUUCUUUAGGCUUCAAAAUGGACUGAAGGAUGAAAAGCUUUUGCA